GUUCACGCACUGAGCUGUGGGUGCCGCGCACCACCGCUCUUCAGCAUCGUUCUGAGGGGAAGGGAGAGAGAGUGGGUCUGCAUCUGGCGCACGAUUCUCAUCGUUUCCAAUGAAUUAUUAUCACAUUCCUACGCCUGCCAGCUGACAAACUGCACAGCGAGUUGUCGAAGGAAAAGGGGAUUUUUAUUUGCGGUCUGUGCUUGCCCGAGCUGCAAUCGUCAAAAUACUGGCUGCUGAUCGGACUGGGUCAUGGCGCAGGCAAAUAACUACGGGCAAAGCAGCAACGGAGUAGCGGAUGAAUCUCCUAACAUGCUCGUCUAUAGAAAGAUGGAAGAUAUCAUAGCACGUAUGCAAGAUGAAAAAAAUGGAAUUCCUAUCCGCACAGUGAAAAGUUUUCUAUCCAAGAUUCCCAGCGUUUUUUCAGGUUCUGAUAUUGUGCAGUGGAUGAUCAAAAACCUUAGUAUCGAAGAUCAAGUUGAGGCUCUUCAUCUUGGCACAUUGAUGGCAGCACAUGGCUACUUCUUUCCAAUCUCUGACCAUGUCCUAACACUUAAGGAUGACGGCACCUUCUACAGGUUUCAGACGCCCUAUUUUUGGCCAUCAAACUGUUGGGAGCCUGAAAACACAGACUAUGCGGUGUACCUCUGCAAAAGAACAAUGCAAAACAAAGCACGUCUGGAGCUUGCAGACUAUGAAGCAGAGAGCUUAGCAAGGCUACAGAGAGCAUUUGCUCGAAAAUGGGAAUUUAUAUUUAUGCAAGCAGAAGCACAAGCAAAAGUUGACAAGAAAAGAGAUAAAAUUGAAAGGAAAAUACUUGACAGUCAAGAAAGAGCAUUUUGGGAUGUGCACAGACCAGUUCCUGGUUGUGUAAAUACAACAGAGGUUGACAUAAAGAAAUCCUCAAGAAUGAAAAACCCUCACAAAACAAGGAAGUCUGUGUACGGAUUGCAGAAUGACAUCCGAAGCCACAGCCCUACCCACACACCUGCAGCCGAAGCAAAGCAGCCCACAGCAGAAGAGCUGCAUGACCAGAUAAAAUUUUGGCAAGUGCAGUUAGACAGACAUCGAUUAAAAAUGUCUAAAGUUGCAGAAAGUUUAUUAGGCUACACAGAACAAUACAUUGAAUAUGACCCAUUUCUCACACCACCUGAUCCCUCAAAUCCCUGGAUGUCGGAUGACACCACAUUGUGGGAGCUGGAAGCAAGUAAGGAGCCAGGCCAGCAGCGGGUGAAGCGAUGGGGCUUUGGCAUCAAUGAGGUGUUGAAAGACCCAGUGGGGAGGGAGCAGUUCCUCAAGUUCCUGGAAUCAGAGUUCAGCUCUGAAAACCUGAGGUUUUGGUUAGCAGUCCAGGAGCUGAAAAAAAGGCCAAUCCAUGAAGUACCAGCCCGUGUCCAGGAAAUCUGGCUGGAAUUCCUGGCUCCCGGUGCUCCCAGUGCCAUCAACGUAGACUCCAAGAGUUAUGACAAAACAACCCAGAAUGUGAAGGAUCCUGGACGGUAUACGUUUGAAGACGCCCAGGAGCACAUUUACAAACUGAUGAAGAGUGAUUCUUAUGCUCGUUUCAUACGUUCCAGUGCCUACCAGGAAUUGCUACAGGCCAAGAAAAAGAAAAGUAAGAACUUAUUUUGAAGGAUUUUGCUUCCAGGGGAAAACACUUACUUCAAAGAGGCUAACAAGUCUUGUGCAGUCAUACUAAAAAAGCUGUCACCUUUUAGCUUGGAAGAGGACCAUUUCAUUUAUACAUUAUUGUAGUCCACUGUUUACCCAGGCAAACCAGAGGACAGUAGACCAGUUGUUGCAUGUCCGAGGAACUAUUUUUUAUUUAUUUCUUCAGUGUGUUGCAAGGCAUUAUGGAUUUUGAAAAGACUUUAAACUACUGAAUGCCUUUUUUAAGAUUAAUUUGUACGUUCACUUCUUCCUUCCAAAUCAGCUGGAACCGAGUGUUUAUAGCAAGUUGGAGUACAGUUAAAAUAAAAAAAGGCUUCUGUAUAGGUACAUUACCUUAAUCACUGAUAAUCAGACACAAAAUGGAAACAUUACAAAGUAUGCAUUUAUUAUUAAACUUCAUUUGCAUUUAUUGCACUACAAAAAUUAGCACAGAUGGUUUUCAUCAUACAUGUCCAAUCACAUUUUGAAAAUCAAAAAAGCUAUGUCCGUGUCCUAUGUAGUCUGUAAUUCUGUUACUGUUUCUUGCAUUUAUUUUUAUACCAUAUUUAAAGACACCUUUUACUUAAAAUGUAUUAAAAGUUGGCCCUUUAUCUGUUUAUAUGGUGAGGUUUUCAUUUCACAUUUUCAUUUUUCUGGGAGCAAUAUUCACCUCUUGCUCCGGUUGGUAGCACUGUUUUCAUAGAGACAUGAAGAGCGAUGAUUAAGAAGUUAAAGCACUCUGAAGUCAAUACAACCAUUAGUGGUGUUUUGUUCUCCUUGUUUUGAAAAAUGAAUGACAGGUCUUUAACCUGCUGGACCAAGUGUGAGCAUUGCAUAUGGAGAAAAAGUGAAGGGCCUUCAACUACAAUACAACUUGGUUUAAGCAGGCCUCAUAUACAGAUUGCAUAGAAGUUGUACAACUCCACUGUGAUCAGUAAACCAAAGCUGCUGUUUAAGGGGGUUUGUUGCAUUUUCAGUUUGUCCUGUGGACUUCUGAGAAACAUCAACAUAAAGAGAAAAUCUGUUACUGACUCAAUCAGAAUGUCUGCGUGUAAGUACUAUUAAAUUCAAUAUUGAAUAAAAAAUGAUGUUAAGGCUGAUUGUUAAUAACAGAUCCUAGAAAGUGUGUGGUGAUAAGAAGCUAGUAUUAACUAGCUGAAGAGGUAACUUUGAUCUUGCACAGAGGUGGCCAGUUACAGUUUUUUUAAUUGAAUUGCUUUACAGUUCAGGCAGUAUUCGGUAGGUAGUGUUAAUUUAUGUACUGUAAAUUUACUUUUUGAUAUGUUUCAUGUUACACGACACAGUAUUUUAUAUUGGUAUCACUAGAGGGCACCAGAGCUAGAGUUUGUCCUCACUUCUUUUUUAUGAUUACAGAUUACAAAGGUAAGCAAUUUCAUCAAUAUCUUUUCUACAUAUGAUAUGAAGAAUUAAUGAUCUUAUUUACAGACGUUAUGAAAUUGUUUUGUUUACGUAAUGCAUGUGAUGGUGAAUCUAUGACAGAUUGCUCUACAAAAAAUAAUAAUUGACAUUGUGAAAGCUCAAUCAAAAGAAACUCCUUUCUAUAUUAGAAGCCUCAAUACAUGAUUUAGCUAUUUCUGUUGUAAAUGAAGAAAUCAAGAUCACAGAGGAGAUGGUUUGAGUUCACACUCAUUUAAGUGUUUCAUUAUUUAAUUGUUACAGAAAAGUGAUGAUCUUUCUAUCUGCAAUUAAUUCAUUCAUUCUGACUUUUUUAAGUAUGAAUUUUACACAAAAGAGACCUUUUUAAUGAAAGGGUAAAAAAUGUAAAGCUUUUUUCUUGCUGUUUUAAAAACAAAAGUGGAUGUCUAACACUGUACUAGUAAUUAUUUUCUAAUUAUUAUCUAAUCUAAUUAGUAUCGCAGAAGCAAAAGAGACACCUUCAGUUGUUGAAUGAUAUUAUAUUAGACACGAAAAUCACACUGAUCUAUAAACUAAAUAUUGUAAUUAUAAUACAGCAAUUAUCAAUUCUGAAACACUUAAAAAAAAAUAAUCCAAGCUGUUGCGCUAAAAGUGAAGAGGGCAUUAGAGUUAAAUAUAUACCACACGUCUUCUGUGAAUGUCAAAAUGAAGAUGCAAACAUUUUUUGUUGUUACAUUUCAUAUGUAUUUAACAUAACAGAUAUGCUUGAGCCUUACUGCCAUAAAUCUUUCACUGUUCAUACUACAAGCUUUUGUGUGGCUAACUUGAAUGUCUUUGUUUUCGUCUGCUGUACUCAGAUCCACAUGUGACACAUGGAGGAUAAAAACAGUUGUUCUUUGUGUUUAUCCCAAUGGCAUUAUCACACAGCCCAAACCAUAAACACUGAGGGUCUAGCAAUUUCUGAACAUUCUUCACUGUAACAGGGCUGGCUGUGUGUGUUCAUUCAGAACAAAAUUUCUGUGUUAAUAGACAAUGUAUCGAUGAGAUUUUGCUUUAUAUCAGAAUGAGUUUGCAGAAGCUGAGAGGAGUGUGUAUCAAUAAAAUUUGCUGCACAAGU